CUGUGCACAUAACGGGCAGAGCGCACUCCCGAGGCAGCUUCUCCAGAACGCAGGUUCAGCUGCCGGCCCGGCGAGCCCAGAGCACCCCUCAGGCUGAGCGUGCAGGACGCGCCCCCACCACACCUACGGCACGGCGGCUGAAUGAGGCUUCCAGGCGUCCGCAGCGGGACCGCCGGGGCCCGACGGAGGAAAGAGCGCCGGCAGCCGGUGCGCUCACCUGCCAGCCUGCGCGCCAUGGGGCAAGCCUGGAACAGCAGCCUCCUGCUGGCGCCCAACGGAAGCCACGCAUCCAACAGCGACGUUGCGCAGGAACGGGACGAGGCGUGGGUCGUGGGCAUGGGCAUCGUGAUGUCGCUCAUCGUCCUGGCCAUCGUGUUUGGCAACGUGUUGGUCAUCACAGCCAUUGCCAAGUUCGAGCGUCUGCAGACGGUUACCAACUACUUCAUCACUUCAUUGGCCUGUGCUGACCUGGUCAUGGGCCUGGCGGUGGUGCCCUUUGGAGCUUGCCAUAUUCUCAUGAAAAUGUGGACUUUUGGUAACUUUUGGUGCGAGUUUUGGACUUCCAUUGAUGUGUUGUGCGUCACGGCCAGCAUUGAGACUCUUUGUGUGAUUGCAGUGGAUCGCUACUUUGCCAUCACGUCACCCUUCAAGUACCAGAGCCUCCUGACCAAGAAUAAAGCCCGGGUGGUCAUUUUGAUGGUGUGGAUCGUGUCAGGCCUCACCUCUUUCUUGCCCAUCCAAAUGCACUGGUACCGGGCCAGCCACCAGGAAGCCAUGAACUGCUAUGCUAAGGAGACCUGCUGUGACUUCUUCACGAACCAAGCCUACGCCAUCGCCUCCUCCAUUGUGUCUUUCUAUCUGCCUCUGGUGGUCAUGGUCUUUGUCUAUUCCAGGGUCUUCCAAGUGGCCAAAAGACAGCUUCAGAAGAUUGACAAAUCCGAGGGCCGCUUCCAUGCCCAAAACCUCAGCCAGGUGGAGCAGGAUGGGCGGAGUGGGCAUGGACUUCGCAGGUCGUCUAAGUUCUACUUGAAGGAACACAAAGCCCUCAAGACCUUAGGCAUCAUCAUGGGCACCUUCACCCUCUGCUGGCUGCCUUUCUUCAUUGUCAACAUCGUGCACGUGAUCCGGGCUAACCUCAUCCCUAAGGAAGUUUACAUCCUCCUAAACUGGAUAGGCUAUGUCAAUUCGGCUUUCAAUCCCCUUAUUUAUUGCCGGAGCCCAGAUUUCAGGAUUGCCUUUCAGGAGCUUCUGUGCUUGCGAGGGUCUUCUCUGAAGGCCUAUGGGAAUGGCUACUCCAACAACAGCAAUGGCAAAAGUGACUACGCAGGGGAACAGAGUGGAUAUCAUGUGGGGCAAGAGAAAGAAAGUGAACUGCUGUGUGAGGACCUCCCAGGCAGGGGAGACUUUGUGAACUGUCAAGGUACUGUGCCUAACGAUUGCAUUGAUUCACAAGGGAGGAACUGUAGGACUCAUGACUCACUGCUGUAAUGCAGUUUUUCUACUUUUUAAGAACCCCCACCCAAGCAGAACACUAAACAGACUAUUUAACUUGAGUGUAAUAAAUUUAAAAUAAAAUGUAUAGAGAUAUACAGGAGGAGGAACAUCCUUCUGCUUUUUUUUAUUUUUUUAAACUGUAUAAAAGAGAAGAUGUAUUUUAAUGAUAUAUUUGUGUCAUGUACAGUUCAGUUCCUCUUUGCCUGGAACUUGUAAGUUGAUGUCUGAAGGGCUUCAGUCCUAGAGGACCCAAGACUGCUAUGUUUUGAUGAAUUUUUCCAUGUAUCUACCUCAUUGGUCAAGUAUUAGGAGUAAUAUAUUGCUGCUGGUAAUUUGUAUCUGAAGGAGAUUUUUCCUUCCUGCACCCUCGGACUUGAGAAUAUUAAGUCUCUUGGACCUUUCAGCUGUGAACAUGGACUCUUCCCCCCCCCCACCCCUGCUCCUCUUAUUUGUUCAAAUGGGGUAUUUGUAGGCAGGGAUUUGAGGGGCAGCUUCAGUUGUUUUCCUGAGCAAAGUCUAAAGUUUACAGUAAAUAAAUUGUUUGACCAUGA